CAACCACUGCACCCGUCCAUCAUCACUCACUCCGCCCCCGUCCUGGCUGGCGAGGCGAGGGAGAGCAGGCGAGGGCGCCCGCGGCGGCUUCUUGCUUUUGUUGCCUUGCUCCCGCUCCAAUUUAUGGCGAUUUAAUGCCACCAGCGAGGCUUCGGGCGCAUGCAUCAAUGGCGUCGCCUCCCUCCUCUCGCAUCCAAAUCUCGCCUAGCUAGCUAGUUACCAUCCUUCGUCUUGCUCAUUCCCCGCUCGUCGUCCCCUUGCUGUCGUUCCUCUCGUCCCCAGGUCCACCACCCACCUUGGGUUCCUCGGCACACCAACCGAGAAAUGCCAUUUUCGUUUUUCGACCUUCCACGCCAGUACUACUAGUCUUGUCUUGGAGGGUUGACGAAACUCCACCAUCUCUGCUGCUCGCUCUGGCCCCGCCGCCAUUCAUUUCCUCCUUGCUGGAGCUGGUCAGCCACGGAAUCGGAGCCCUCCAAUUCAAAUCGAAUCCCCUUCCAGCUGCUUGGUAAACGCCAGGAUUAUUCCUUGCCUUUGUUUCUAGAUUUUGGGCUAGCUCUGGGGGCAAAUCUUUGAUUGGAGAGCUCGAGGGGGAGCGAGGCCGGAGGCAUGGUGGCGGAGCCGCUGGUCCACAAGGUGCUCUCCAUGGCGACCACGUCGUCCUCGUCCAAGAAGGUGCGCCCGGCGGCGGCGAGCGCCAAGGGCGGCGCCAACGCGGCCGCGGAGGACAGCAGGGUGGCCAUCCUGUCCUUCGAGGUGGCCAACGCCAUGUCGCGCGCCGCCAACCUCUACCGCUCCCUCUCCGACGCCGAGGCGGCGCGCCUGCUCGGCCCGCUCUGCCUCGGCUCCCACGCCGUGCGCGCGCUCGUCCCCGGCGACGACGCCCGCCUCCUCGCGCUCGCCCUCGCCGAGAAGCUCGACGCGCUCAACCGCGUCGCCGCCGUGGCCACGCGCCUCGGGCGGCGGUGCACCGUCCCCGCGCUCAUGGGCUUCGACCACGUCUACGCCGACCUCCUCGCCGGCCGCUCCGACGCCGCCGCCUUCGCCGUCGCCACGCCCUCCGAGGCCGCCUCGCUCGUGCGCAAGCUCGACCGCCUCGCCGCCGCCACCGCCGCGCUCUACGCCGAGCUCGAGGCGCUCACCGAGCUCGAGCAGUCGGCGCGGAAGCUCCCCACCGACGAGGCCCGCCGCGCGCUCGAGCAGCGCACGCGCUGGCGACGCCACGACGUGCGCCGCCUCAGGGACUCGUCGCUCUGGAACUGGACCUACGACAAGGCCGUGCUCCUGCUCGCGCGCGCCGUCUGCGCCAUCUACGACCGCAUCCGCCUUGUGUUCGGCGACCCAAUGCUGGGGCUCGACCUGCUGGCCACCACCCGGGAGUCUGUCCAAUGUGACCAAAGCCGCCAGCUCUCUGGUCCAGUGACGGCAAAUUCAGGUCCUCUGCAGAACAAUCUCAGCGAUUGCAAGUCAGGGCCAAUUGCCAGAGGUGAUCCAGAUAUGCCGCGGUCGGUGAAUUUUCGGUCAAAUUGUGGAGCAAGCCCGGGGAAGAUGUUCAUGGAGUGCUUUAGCUUGAGUCGCUCAGUAUCUUGGAAGGAUGGGUUCGAGGAUGAGUUCUUGGAAGAUUCCAGCUGCAUUAGCACAAUCAGGUCAGGGAUGCUUGUACCGUUCAGUGGCGAGCAAGGGGUAUCCACUACGCCAACCAAGAGCGGCAAGAUUGGCAGAAGGGUACGGUUUGGUCCGAAGAGCACCGUGACAUCACUUGCGCCACCAUCCACAAUUGGAGGCUCAGCGUUGGCGUUGCAUUAUGCAAACAUCAUUAUCAUCAUUGAGAAGUUGCUCCGGUACCCACAUCUCGUUGGGGAGGAGGCACGGGAUGAUCUGUACCAGAUGCUGCCUUCAAGUUUGAAGGUGGCAUUGAGGAAAAAUCUGAAAACAUAUGUGAAGAACAUGGCGAUCUACGAUGCAUUCCUCGCGCACGAUUGGAGAGAGACGCUUGAGAAGACACUGGCUUGGCUUGCUCCAAUGGCCCACAACAUGAUCCGGUGGCAGGCUGAGAGGAACUUUGAGCAGCAGCAGAUUGUGUUGAAGGGGAAUGUGUUGCUAUUGCAGACACUGUAUUUCGCCGAUCGGAAGAAGACGGAGGCAGUUAUUUGUGAACUGCUUGUUGGGCUAAAUUACAUAUGCAGGUACGAGCAACAGCAGAAUGCGCUGCUUGACUGCUCGAGUAGUCUCGACUUUGAUGAUUGUGUGGAGUGGCAACUUCAGUAGAGCCAAGCCAAGGUCAGGUUUCUGCUCUGUUCCAUAGUGUACAAGUGAUAUGAAACAGCAAAGGGUACUUGUAUUUUGGUUUUGUUUGUUUCUCUUUCCUUUUCCACUUUGUUUUUGGUGCAAUUUUGCACAUGAGAGCAUCAUCUAUUCUUAGAUGAAAUAUAGAGCUUUGUUGACUGGAAAGAACCUCAUUCUUACACCGUCUGUACAUACUUCUGUUGAAUCCUGCUGUCUAGUAACCUGAAAAGAGGUUUCUUACUUUCUGAGAUAGUAUACUUGCAUAAAA